CCGUUUCCGGUGGAUGAGGGCGAGUUUUACGGCAGCAGAUCUCACACACACACACACACACACACAUCAUGUAGUACAGCUUUGCGCUUUUACGCGCUCCUUACACUUCUGCUUUAUCAGCUACUCUGGAGUAAACGUGCAGUUCUGCUGUUAGGAUGAUUUCCCGCUACAGACCGCAAGGAUGUAACUGCCUACGGAUUAGAUACGACACCUCCUGAGCAUCUCUCCUUUCCUCCUCCCCCUCUCCCUCUGGUUCUCCUCUCCCUCUCUUUCCUCUGCUGCGCAUGCAGAGCCCAGGCUCCACCAUGUCCCUGUCUUUCUGUGGCAGCGAGAACAACUCCGCUGCCUACAAUGUGGACCGUGGCGUGCUCAACAAUGGAUGCUUUCUCGAUGCCCUCACUGUGGUGCCCCAUGUCUUCCUGCUCUUCAUCACCUUCCCCAUCCUCUUCAUUGGUUGGGGCAGCCAGAGCUCCAAGGUUCACAUCCAUCACAGCACAUGGCUUCAUUUCCCUGGACACAACCUGCGCUGGAUCCUCACCUUCAUCCUUCUGUUUGUGCUGGUGUGCGAGAUCGCAGAGGGCAUUGUCUCAGAUGGGUUUACACAGUCUCUUCAUCUACAUCUCUACAUGCCUGCAUCCCUGGCUUUCAUGGCUGCUAUAACUUCUAUAAUCUACUACCACAACAUAGAGACUUCCAAUUUUCCCAAGUUGUUGCUAGCAUUGCUUAUUUAUUGGAUCUUGGCAUUUAUCACUAAAACUAUCAAGUUUGCCAAGUACACAGAGCACGGCAUCGGUAUGAGACAGUUGCGUUAUUGCUUGACCGGCCUCCUUGUCCUGCUCUAUGGCCUGCUACUGACUGUGGAGAUCAACGUCAUACUGGGGCGGCGCUAUAUGUGUUUUGCCCAUCCCACUGAGGUAAAGCCUCCUGAAGACCUGCAGGACCUGGGUGUGCGUUUUCUGCAGCCAUUUGUCAAUCUGCUGUCUAAGGGUACAUACUGGUGGAUGAACACUUUUAUCACCUCUGCUCACAGACGCCCCAUUGACCUGAAGGUCAUCGGCAAACUGCCCAUUGCCAUGAGGGCACUCACUAAUUAUCUGAAACUGCGCAAGGCCUUUGAAGCCCAGAAGAGACCUGACGGCCUCCAGCCGCAGGGACCUCAGUGGAUCUGGAGGGCUCUACGUGAGGCCUUUGGGAAGCCCUUGAUCCUGAGCAUUACCUUCCGCUUCCUGGCUGACCUGUUGGGUUUUGCUGGGCCAUUGUGCAUCUCGGGUAUUGUGCACCACAUCAGCAAGAAGAACCGCACCAUCCAGGCACCGGCACAAUUACUGGGGGUCUAUUUCAUCUCCUCGCAGGAGUUUCUCGCUAAUGCCUAUGUACUGGCUGUGAUGCUGUUCUUUGCUCUGCUUCUGCAGAGGACCAUUCUACAAGCCUCCUAUUACGCAGCCAUACAAACUGGCAUCAACCUAAGAGGAGCCAUCCAGACAAAGAUUUACAAUAAGAUCAUGCGUCUUUGCACCUCAAACAUGUCUAUGGGGGAGAUGACUGUGGGCCAAAUCUGCAAUUUAAUUGCCAUAGACACCAAUCAGUUGAUGUGGUUCUUCUUCCUGUGUCCCAACCUGUGGGCCAUGCCAGUACAGAUUAUAGUGGGUGUGAUUCUGCUCUACUACCUUCUGGGAAUAAGUGCCUUGAUCGGAGCAACCAUCAUUGCCCUCCUGGCCCCUGUGCAGUACUUUGUGGCUACCAAAUUGUCCCAAACACAAAAAACCACUCUGGAGUACUCCAGUGAGCGGCUGAAGAAAACCAAUGAGCUGUUGCGUGGUAUCAAGCUACUGAAGCUCUACUCCUGGGAGCACAUCUUCUGUUCCAGCGUGGAGGAGACCAGGGGAAAAGAGCUGACCAGCCUGCAGGCCUUUGCUCUCUAUACCUCCAUCUCAAUAUUCAUGAAUGCCGCUAUACCAAUUGCAGCAGUUCUUACUACAUUUGUAGUCCAUGUGCACCUGUCUGACGAUGCAGAUCUAUCCCCAGCUGUAGCAUUCGCCUCACUCUCCCUUUUCCACAUCCUGGUCACACCUCUCUUCCUCCUGUCAAGUGUGGUUCGCUCAACGGUCAAAGCCCUUGUCAGUGUGCAGAAGCUGAGUGAGUUCUUCUCCAGUGAUGAGAUUGGAGAAGAGCAAGAGCCUAAGGCCACCAUUCCAGCCAGCUCCACCAACCACAGCAAUUACCAAGCCCUUCCACUGAAAGUUGUGAACCGUAAGCGUCCAGUGAGAGAGGAGUGGAACAGCUUUGGGCUACAGAGUGAGCAGUACAUAGAAGCAUCUGCAGUGGAGGAUGACGAUAUUUGCAUCAAAAUAAGCAAUGGAUAUUUCAGCUGGACUGAUGGAGCACCUACACUUUCCAAUGUGAACAUAAAGAUCCCAUUUGGGGUGGGUGGAUGUGUAUGUGUGUGCUUUUAUGUGCACAUGUAUGUGUGUGUGUGUGUGUGUGUGUGUGUGUGUGUGUGUGUGUGUUUCUCACCAGGUCAGCUGACUAUGAUAGUGGGACAGGUAGGCUGUGGAAAAUCCUCUCUGUUACUGGCUGCACUGGGGGAGAUGCAAAGGAUCUCUGGCACUGUGACAUGGAACAGUAUUCCAAAGCUGGAUUCAGAGGGAGAUGAAAGUCCAGAUGCAUCCAGUGAUGAAGAAUUCCAGAAAAGAGGUGCUGUUGCAUAUGCUUCCCAGAAGCCCUGGCUUCUUAAUGCCUCUGUGGUAGAGAACAUCACCUUUGAGAUGCCUCUGAUCAAACAAAGGUAUAAGACAGUGAUUGAGGCAUGCUCCCUGCAACCAGAUAUCGACAUCCUACCACAGGGGGACCAGACAGAGAUUGGUGAAAGAGGAAUCAUCCUCUCAGGAGGCCAGAGACAGCGUAUCAGUGUGGCGCGUGCCCUUUAUCAGACCACCAAUGUAGUCUUCCUGGAUGACCCGUUCUCAGCACUGGACAUCCAUCUAAGUGAUCAUCUGAUGCAGGAAGGUAUUCUGAAACUGCUCCGGGAGGAGAAGAGGACCGUGGUGCUGGUCACACACAAACUUCAGUACCUGCCUCAUGCAGACUGGAUCAUUGCGAUGAAGGAUGGUACGAUCCAGACAGAGGGCACGCUGAAAGACAUCCAGAAAUCUGAACCUGAACUGUUUGAGCAGUGGAAAGCCCUCAUGCAUCGCCAGGACCAGGAGUUUGAGAAGGAGACUGUAGCAGAGGGUACGACGGUAUUAGAAAGGAAGAACCUGAGAAGGGCCAUGUACUCCAGAGAGGCACUGAAGACAGAGGAAGAAGAGGAAGCACUGGGGAUUGCAUUCACAGAGGAGUCGGUGGAGAGUGAUGAUGAGGAUAACCUGUCCCAGGCAAUGAGGCACAGAACCACCAUCCCUUGGCGUUCAUGUGGGAAGUACCUGAGCUCUGCUGGUCUACUGCUGCUGCCCCUACUGCUUCUCUCUCAGCUGCUCAAACACUCGUUCAUGGUGGCCAUCGACGUCUGGCUCGCUCACUGGACCUCUGAUGUCAUCCAUGCCAAGAUCAACGCUGUUCGACACAACUGCACACUGGUGCAGGACUGUGGGUUCAGUCAUUCAUCGUAUCUUCUGGUGUUCAGUGUGCUGUGCUGCCUGGGCAUUGCGCUGUGUUUGGUCACGUCUGUGGCUGUGGAGUGGACAGGGCUGAGUGUGGCCAAAGAGCUGCACCGUAACCUGCUAAAUAACAUCAUACUUGCCCCCAUGAGGCUCUUUGAGACAACUCCUUUGGGAAGCCUUCUCAAUCGAUUCUCUGCUGACACAAACACAAUAGACCAGCAUAUUCCUACUACUUUGGAGUGUUUGAUUCGCUCCACAUUGCUGUGUGUGUCUGCGCUGGGUGUUAUCUCAUAUGUCACACCUGUUUUCCUCAUCGCUCUCACUCCACUCGCCAUUGCCUGCUACUUCAUCCAGAAAUACUUCAGAGUGGCAUUCAAAGAUCUGCAUCAGCUUGAGGACAGUACCCAGCUCCCUUUACUGUCUCACUUCUCUGAGACAAUAGAGGGUCUCAGCACCAUCCGGGCCUUCAGGUAUGAGGCCAGAUUUCGGCAGAGACUUCUGGAGCUUACGGAUGCUAAUAACGUCGCAUCACUUUUCCUCACUGCUGCCAACCGUUGGCUGGAAGUCCGCAUGGAGUAUAUUGGAGCCUGUAUUGUCCUUGUAGCUGCAGUGGCCUCCAUCACCAGCAACCUUUACAACCAUCUGUCUACUGGCCUGGUGGGGCUGGGACUGACCUACGCUCUGAUGGUAUCGAACUAUCUUAACUGGAUGGUGCGUAACCUGGCUGAUAUGGAGGUUCAAUUAGGGGCAGUGAAGAGGAUAAACAACCUGCUGAAGACUGAGCCAGAGAACUAUGAGGGGCUGCUCUCUUUGUCUCAGAUCCCUGAGGGCUGGCCACAGCAGGGCGAGAUUCACAUCCAGAACCUGAGUGUGAGGUACGACAGCACGUUGAAGCCGGUCCUAAAGCAUGCCAAUGCUCACAUCAGACCAGGACAAAAGGUCGGCAUCUGUGGCAGGACAGGAAGUGGCAAAUCGUCCUUCUCUUUAGCUUUCUUCCGCAUGGUGGAUGCCUUUGAGGGACGGAUAAUCAUAGAUGAUAUUGACAUAGCAAAGUUGCCUCUUCAGACACUGAGGAGCCGUUUAUCUAUUAUCCUUCAAGAUCCCAUUCUCUUCAGUGGAACAAUACGUUUUAAUUUAGACCCAGAGAUGAAGGCUACAGACAGCAUGCUUUGGGAAGCUCUCGAAAUUGCCCAACUCAAACCAGUAGUGCAAACCCUGCAUGGGGGACUUGAUGCCAUGGUGACAGAAGGUGGGGAGAAUUUCAGUCAGGGACAACGUCAGCUGUUCUGCCUGGCACGAGCAUUUGUACGCAAAAGCAGCAUUCUGAUCAUGGAUGAGGCCACUGCCUCCAUAGAUAUGGCCACAGAGAGUAUUCUGCAGAAAGUUGUAAUGACGGCCUUCGCAGACAGAACAGUGGUCAUCAUAGCGCAUCGAGUGCACACCAUCCUGAACGCAGAUCUGGUGAUGGUGAUGAAGAGAGGGGAGAUUCUGGAGUACGAUAAACCCGAGGUCCUUCUCAGUACAGAGGGAAGCGCUUUCGCCUCUUUUGUUCGGGCAGACAAAUAACCACAGAUGACCUUCCAUUUAAAGUGCAAUUGUACUAUGUAUUAUUGUUUUAUUUUUUACCAUGUAACAUAUUUUGUAAAUAUGAUAUAUAAUACAAUAAAAGAUGACUACUUAUAUAUAGACACACA